AUGCCACGAUCCUUGAAGCCUCUGCAAAGAUUCGACUGUGACAUUGGCAGUCGAAUCAGGCUCCUUCUCUCUGUCGAAAGUGGCCAGUUUGCUGUGGUCAGAAGAUGUCGGCACAGGAGUACAGGCGUGGAGUAUGCCGCCAAAUUCAUCAAGAAGCGGCGCAGCAAGUCGAGUCGCAGAGGGGUGACGAGGGAGGAUAUCGAGCGAGAGGUGAGCAUCCUGAAGGAGAUCCAGCACCCCAACAUCAUCAUGCUCCAUGAAGUCUUUGAAAACAAGGCAGAGGUCAUCCUGAUCCUGGAGCUCGUGGCCGGCGGUGAGCUCUUUGACUUUCUGGCAGAGAAGGAGUCGCUGAGUGAGGAGGAAGCCACUCAGUUCCUCAAGCAGAUCUUGGAUGGAGUCUUCUACCUGCACUCCAAACAAAUUGCUCACUUUGACCUUAAGGUACUUCAUCAUCCGUCAGUCAAGUAUUCCAAGCAGGAGCACUGCAAGUUUUUCAGAUAUUUGGUUAGCUUGUAUUGUUCACACUGAUAUUAACUAUAAACCUAAGCUGUGGCCCAUUUCUAUACUGCAUACUUAUGCUAAGCAGGUUUUAAAUAUGAUUUACAUUCAAAAAUUACAGAACGAAGAAUUAGAGCUGAUAGGAGUCGUUGAUUAAUAGAUUAGUCAACUGAGAGACAAUUAAAUCAGAACUUCUGUCUCUAUCUCUGUAUUUCUGUCUCUUUUUGACUGAUGUUAAAAACAAGGAAAUUGAAAAUGCCACCUUGGGCUCUGGUAAACUAUAUUGGCCAUUUUGUAUCGACAAUAAGAUCAAUAAAGAAAACAAUCAGCAGAUUAAUCGAUAAUGAUCAAAUGGGCUUGUGCUUGUGCCGACUUUUCCGGUCAGUCUGCUGUUAGAGACGCUAUUGCAAUGCACAACAGGCCUUUUGACUUGUCACAGUAGAAAAAGCAUAGGUGUUAUUAAUAACAUGAACAAUGGCUGUGUCAGUGAUUCUGCAUGCACAAAACCAAGAGCCUGAAACUGAAGCUACUAACUGGAAUUCAGCCAUCAUUCAUUUUAUGUUCUACUCCUGUGCUUUUCCUAUUGUAACAUGUCAAAAUGUCUGCUUAGAAAGAGCCCUUUGGAAAUUUUAAAAGCUACUCAAAGUUGUGAAACAUUAAAAGAAACUGUGAAUGCUGAAGAUCCCAGAAAACAAAAAUGGUUUUGCUUUCUCUUUGUAAAGUUGAAUUGACAGUGGCAUCCCAAGGUGGCAGUUUGAUUUAAAUCUGUUGCCUCACUUUCUGUACAAAACAGAAAAGUACUAUACGCUGACUUCUUGUAUAAUAACUGAUAAAACUAUAUAUUGAAAUGAGUAUAUAAUAGUAUUUAGUAUGGAGCAAUGGACACCAAACUGUUUGUUGUUCGUAGAUCCUUUGUUUCAGAUUGUGAGAUUUUACAUGAAAUCACUUUGGACACAGAGAUGAUGACAUUAACUUGGUAAAGGUCAUGUUAUGUUAAGUUGAAUAUUUUCUUUGAAAAGAGUCGUCACAUGCAUGGCCAAAAUCCCCCUCAUGUUAUCAGAGGUCACAGUAAAGUGUUGCUUGUUAUUCAGCCUCCCUGAAGUACAUGAAGUACAUGCAUUUUCCUAAAUGCCAGCUCACUGGAGAAUUGCAUUUGCAGCGUUAUGUGAAUAUGUGCCUCUUUUUGGACCUCACCUUUUAUAUCAGUUUCUCUUUGUAUCUGUGUUUUUGUACCCAAUGCAUCUGUGGCUAAUUACCAUGA